CGUCCGUGAUCACUUGCUCAAAUCACACCCUGGAAAGGCAAACAUGAAGGCGUCAAAAGUAAUCUUCAUCACACUAGUGAUAGUGUCGUGGGUUUCAGCCGAAGAAUUGGGUUCUAAAGACAAACGUAGUAUUGCAGAUCAUGGAUCGCAGCUUACGGCUUAUCACAACCACGUCGCCCACCAGCAACAGCAACAGCAUGUUGGAUAUAAUGCACCUGUGGUGCAAGAUCACUAUAGCCAGCACCACUCGGAACAGCAAUGGUCUCAGCCGGAUGAACUUCUAAACCACGCUCAGCAACACGAUCAUCACCUCCAGCAAACUCAGCCAGCAUGGGAGCAUCACGGGCUGCACACUUCGGUUCAUCACGGACAAGAUGAGGGACACCAUUACUCUCAAUAUGGUCAUCAGGAAUAUCAGCAUGGUUCUCAUGUCCAGGAGGAACCUGUACAGCAAAACCACAUCGAGCACCAGUACAGCCAGCAACAAGAUUAUCAUGGAUUAACCCACCAACAAGGCCAUAUCCUCAAUAAUCACGUUGCUUAUCAACAUGCCCAACAGCAGAACCAGCAUGGUUACGAACAUCAACAUCAACAGCAGGUACAUUUCCCGGCGGAAGUCCAAAAGCACGUGCCACUAGUAAAGGCUGUUCCCUAUCCGAUGCAUUACGAAAAGCAAGUUCCAACGGUGGUGGAAAAGCCAGUCUACAAAGACGUUAACGUGGGUUACGUCCCGAAACCAGUCGCAGUUCAUAUUGAGAAGCCUUAUCCAGUGUACGUACCGCGUCCGGUUUACGUGGAGAAACCCGUCCCGGUGCGAGUGGUCAUCCUCCGCGAGAAGAACAAGUCCUGGUGGUCAAAGUUUGUGUAAUUUGGUGCCAGUAGCUUGCUUUUCUUUAGUAUAGAAUAUUCAUUACAUGUAAAUGUUGUAAAAUCGUAAUAAAUUAUUUAU